AUAAAGUUUCCAUUCACUGUGGGACUGCCAAUGUUUGGGGAUUGCAAUGAAAGCUUGCAACCAUAAAAUUUAAAUUGGUACUUAACUGUGAAGCCCAGAGACUAUCAGACACACCCUGAUGCAGAUCAGCUUUAUCCAGUAGCAUCUUCACUUGCUUUACUCCUGGUUUUUCCUGGACAGAUUUCCUCAAGUGACUGAGGGAAACCAGAGAUGGAAAGGGCCAACAGCAGCUCCCUGGAGGGCUCCAUUCUGUUGGGUGUGUCUGACCAUCCCCAGCUGGAGAUGAUCUUUUUUGUCAUCAUCCUCUUCUCCUACUUGCUGACCCUAGUUGGGAACUCAACCAUCAUCCUGCUUUCCAGCCUGGAUGUCCAGCUCCACACACCCAUGUACUUCUUCCUCAGCAACCUCUCCUCCCUGGACCUUGCCUUUACUACUAGCUCUGUCCCCCAGAUGCUAAUCAACUUAUGGGGAUCAGACAAGACCAUCAGCUAUGGUGGCUGUGUGACCCAACUCUAUGUUUUCCUCUGGCUAGGGGCUACUGAGUGCAUCCUGCUGGUGGUGAUGGCGUUUGACCGCUACGUCGCAGUGUGCCGGCCCCUGCACUAUGCCACCAUUGUGAACCCUCGGCUCUGCUGGCUGCUGGCUGCCAUUGCCUGGCUGGGAGGCUUGGGCAACUCUGUGAUCCAGUCAACAUUCACCCUGCAGCUCCCUCUGUGUGGGCAUCGGCGUGUGGACAACUUCCUGUGUGAGGUGCCUGCUAUGAUCAAACUGGCCUGUGGAGACACAAGUCUCAAUGAAGCCAUGCUCAACGGUGUCUGCACCUUCUUCACGGCUGUCCCACUAAGCAUCAUCCUGAUCUCCUACUGCUACAUAGCUCAGGCAGUGCUGAAGAUCCGCUCGGCCGAGGGACGGAGAAAGGCCUUUAACACGUGCCUCUCCCAUCUGGUGGUGGUGCUGCUCUUCUACGGCUCAGUGUAUGGGUAUCUGCUUCCAGCUAAGUCCAGCAACCAGGACCAGGGCAAAUUCAUUUCUCUCUUGUACUCUGUGGUCACACCCACGGUGAACCCUCUCACCUACACGCUGGGGAACAAGGAGGUGAAGGGGUCACUGAGGAGGCUGCUGGGGAGGGGAAGGGAAAUCAGCUGA